AUGUGGGAGGCGAAGCUGAGGCCCGACGCCAUCUGCUACAACGCAGGGAUCAGCGCGUGCGGGAAGGGAGAGCAGUGGCAACGGGCUUUCGCGCUGCUCAGCGAGAUGUGGGAGUCGAAGCUGGAGACAGGCUCAGCUACAGCGCUGGGAUCAGCGCGUGCGAGAAGGGCGAGCAGUGGCAGAUGGGUUUGGCGCUUCUCAGCAAGAUGCGGGAGGCGAAGUUGGAGCCCAACGUCAUUCAGCUGCAACGCUGGGAUCAGCGCGUGCGAGAAGGGCGGCCAGUGGCAGCGUGGUUUGGCGCUGCUCAGCGAGAUGCGCGGGGCGAAGUUGGAACCCAGCGUCAUCAGCUAUAACGCUGGGAUCAGCGCGUGCGUGAAAGGCGAUCAGUGGCAGCGGGCGCUGGCGCUUUUCAGCGAGAUGCCAGAGGCAAAGCUGAAGCCCACUGUCGUCAGCUACCACGCCGGGAUCAGCGCGUGCGGCAAUGGCGAGCAGUGGCAGCGGGCUCUAGCACUGCUCGGCGAGAUGUGGGGUGCGAGGUUGGAGCCCAGCGCCAUCACCUACAACAUGGGGAUCAGCGCGUGCGAGAAGGGUGAGCAGUGGCAGCAGGCUGUGGGCCUUCUCAGCGAGAUGCGGGAGGCAACGCUGAAGCCCGACGUCAUCUUCAGCUACAACGCCUGCAUCAGUGCGUGCGGGAAGGGCGAUCAGUGGCAGCGGGCCUUGGCGCUGCUCAGCGAGACGAGGGAGGCGAAGCUGAAGCCCGACGUCACAUCUUCAGCUGCAACGCUGGCAUCAGCGCGUGCGAGAAAGGCGGGCUGUGGCAGCGGGCUUUGGCGCUGCUCAGCGAGAUGGGGGAGGCGAAUCUUGAGCCCGACUCAGUCAGCUACACCGCUUGGAUCAGCGCGUGCGGUAAGGGCGCUCAGUGGAAGCGGGCUUUGGCCUUGCUCAGCGAGAUGCGGGAGGCGAAGCUGGAGCCCGGUGCACACCAGUCAGCUACAACGCUGGGAUCAGCGCGUGCGAGAAGGGCGAGCAGUGGCAGCCAGCUGUGGCGCUGCUCAACGAGAUGCGGGAGGCAAAGGCGGAGCCCGACGACUCAGCUACAAUGCUGGGAUCAGCGCGUGCGAGAAGGGCGAGCAGUGGCAGCCAGUUCUGGCGCUGCUGAGCGAGAUGCGGUUGGUGAAGCUAGAACCCAACACCAUCGCUACAACGCUGCCAUCAGCGCGUGCAAGAAGGUCAUGCAGUGGCAAUGGGUUAUGUUGCUAUUCAGCGAGAUGUGGGAGGUGA